AUGUUCACAAUAUUGAGUACUAUUUACUUGUUAAUCGGGAUCAGCCAGGUGGAGUUGGUGCGUGGCACAGACUGUCAAUGUGGCAAGCCUUCAGACAGAGUGGUGUCGAUGAGGAUAGUGGGAGGGAGGAGAGCGGAGCCGCAUUCAUUUCCCUGGACCGUGGCCAUCUUGAAAAUUGAACGGAUGCAUUGCGGUGGAGCGAUGAUCACGAACAAGCACAUUCUAAGCGCGGGACACUGUUUUAAAUGGGAUGAUUUCAGAACCAUGGAGGUUUUAAUAGGACUGGAUAAUAUAGAUGAUUUAAAAAAUGUUGAGAAACGAAAUAUUUCUAAGGUUGUGAUACAUGAAGCGUUUACAUCUACUGCGGUUAGAGAUGAGAACGAUAUUGCUAUCGCUACUUUGAACCGGCCAGUUGAAUUCAGUGAAACUAUCGUGCCAAUAUGCCUACCUACACCUGGUGAAGUUUUUUCAAAUAGGAUAGGAACUAUAGUCGGUUGGGGUAGAGUGGGUGUUGAGAAAUCAUCGUCAAAAGUAUUACUAAAAGCAAGUCUUCGAAUACUAUCCGAUGAAGAUUGUAUGAAUUCACAACUGUCACAGCACCUCAAACCUACUAUGAUGUGUGCCUUCUCAAAGGGAAAGGAUGGGUGUCAGGGCGACAGUGGUGGGCCUCUUUUAGUUUUCCAACCUGAAGGAAGAUAUGUUCAAGCAGGCGUCGUUUCUUGGGGUAUUGGGUGUGCAGAUCCCAGGUAUCCUGGGGUAUACACGAAAGUCAGCAAUUACAUCGAUUGGAUCACUAGCCAUACGUCGGACGGUCUAAAAUGUGAUCACUAA